CAACUGCAACAAUAAUAUUGGUGUUUUGUGUUGUAUGUAGUUUUUCAAUUAAAUAUUUUUCAAUAAUAAAAUUUACAAAAACAUUAAUUGUAUUGUAAUAAAGCAUUGUUGUUCUAUAAUAAUUAUAAUUUAAAAUAAAUUCAUAAAUGCUAAAAAAUUCGUGAUAUACAUACAAGUCUAUACGUAACAUCAUCGAAAAAAUACGUAUUUGUUUUUAAUUAUUAAAAUGGAAAAUGAAAUAAAUCAAGAUCAAAAGUCAAAGGCUGAAAAACAUGCAGAACGUAUGAAACGAUUGCGAAAGUUACAUGCUUUAAGGAAUGAAGCUAGAACUCGAAAUCAUAAAGAAGUAGUAGAAGAAGAUAAAAGGAAGAAAUUACCAUCUAAUUGGGAAGCAAAGAAACGUCAAGCAGAGUGGAUUAUUAACGAUGAAAAAGCACGCAAGGAAGCUGAAGAAAAGGGUCUAAAUUAUGAGCGGCAAAAACUUUUAAACAUUGAUGCACUUGAAGCUGAGCGUAUUGCUCGAAAACUAAAGAAGAAGAAUCCCGAUACAGGUUUUUCAAGUUAUGAACAAGCAACAAUCAGACAAUAUAACAGAUUAGUCAAAGGCAUAAAGCCUAACAUGGAAAAUUAUGAAGCAGCUAAAGAAAAGCUUGGACCUGCUUUUUAUGGAGAUCGAAAUACUAUUCUUCAUGGAUUACAAGAAGAUAAAAAAGAAGCUGUUGAUAAAAUGGUCGAAGAUUUAGAGAAGCAGAUUAGUAAAAGAGAGAAGUACAGUAGGAGAAGGACUCAUAAUGAUGAUGCAGAUAUUGAUUAUAUUAAUGAAAGGAAUGCUAGAUUUAACCUCAAACUUGAACGAUUUUAUGGAGAAUAUACAAAAGAAACUAAGCUUAAUUUAGAACGAGGAACUGCUGUUUAACGUAUUUAUUUAUUCAAGCAAUAUAUUUGAAACAGGCAAUUAUUAAAUAAAAAAAUAAAUACAUUUGAUUAUA